UAGAGAAAUAUUCCUUUUUGCUUUAAUGUUUAGAGGACAGUAAUUCAUUUUCCAAACAGGGGUCCAUAAAACACUACGAGACUUUGCGUUGAAUCCACAAUCACACAUGGCCAGCAUGAUCAAACCAUGUGAUAUAUGCGGUGAUCCCGGUGUGGUUGAAGCUAUAAUCAUUUGUUCCGAGUGUCAAGUUGCCCGCGAACAUCUUUACUGCAUGAGGGAAUUUAGGACACAGGCCCCACCAUGGUGGCGUUGUGAAGAAUGUCAAAGUCAAAGUCAAAUCACUUCACCAAAAACAACUGAUGAUGAACCAGAAACAAAAAACGUCUCAACAUCCCCGCAGCAAACCACUUUUGCGAGAGAACGUCGAAAUAAAAAUCGUAUUGCUAGCAAAUACGGUUUCAAGGAAAAAUGGGUUGAUAAAGGAAGAACGAAAUAUUUAAGUUGUGAUGAAGCGGUUAAGCUUUCUUCUGGUUCCAUGAAAGUUAAUAAUUCUAGAAACGAAUUCCGUUCUGCACAUGGAAUGUCCAAAUCUGUGACUCCACCUCGUGUUUUUCAACGAUCAACUGGUUUAAAAGAAAAAGCUACACUGCCUACAUGUGAAAGGGUACAUAUUAAAUCACCAAAAGAAGAAAGAAACAUUAAGCCAAAAUUGCAGCAACAUGUUGUUCAACAAUCGAUUAGCCCAAAAGACAAAGCGACACCGUUGACAUAUGAAAGGGUACAUAUUAAAUCCCCAAGAGAAGAAAGAAUUGUUAAGCAAUCAGUGAGCCCGAGAGAAAAAGCAGCCGUGCCUUUUCAAAACAGAGGUAAUGCUAUGCAGCCUGUUAAGUCCCCCAGAGUUGAAGGAACAGAUCUAGAAAAGGAGCCGAAGACAAGUUGCAAGAAUCAUGCUGAUGUGGAGGCUGGGAGAUCCUGUGCUGCGAAACCGAACCUAACAAGUGGUUUACCUGUGUCUGAGAUGCAUGAUCCAUAUAUUCCCGCCUUAAAUUCUUACUGGAAGGGAUGCUUUUAUCUACCAAAUGGGACUCAAACGUUCAAUGAGGCAUUCACGGCUCAUCCGCCAUCAAGAGUACACUACAAGGUCUAUGAAACUGUAAAGAAAAUGCCUGAACGUAUUUACUUUCAGCGAGUUUCAUAUCAUGACUUACGGAUGGAUAUAUUUCCGGCUGAUAGAGAUGACAUCGGAUUGUACUUCUUCCCUAUGUUUAAAAAGAGAGGUGAGAAUGAUAUCUCUAUAAUCGACUGCAUGUGGAGAAAUAAUCUGGUUAUGAAAAGUAAUGUAGAAGGCGCGGAGUUAUUUGUGCUUUCAUCUCGAGUCUUACCUUCGCAUGCUCAAGAAUAUCAAGGAAAUAACUUUUUAUGGGGAGUUUUUCGCGGACCAAAAACCGCUGUGAAGGUGGCUCAUUCGCCUCCCUCGACUGUGGUAAAACGUGAAGCUUGUUAUGACGAUGUUCCUCCUGGUUUUACGAGGAUCUGUAGAUCCUGAGAUUUUACAUCUGGCUUUGAAGAGCAUAUGUGCAUAGUUAUUUUGCAUUUGGUGUCCUUUUCCCAAAGUAGCGAGGGUUCAGUCUUAUUGGAGACACGUGUAGAUUUUAAGAGUAUUGUAGUUAAAAUAAAGGUAUUGGUUAGGGUUUGAAAUUGGGGAAGAAACGAGGGUAUUGUAUUCUGUUAAUUUAGUAACCAUUUAGUGAUCAUUAACGAAUUUGUGUGUUUGUUUCA